AUGCUUUUAAAACUCGCCGCCAUCGUGGGCUGUCUCGCAGGUUUACAACUGCUUUACCGAGUCUUCAAACACGUGACUUCGCCGUUGAGGUCCGUUCCUGGGCCUUUCCUCGCGAGGUUUACGGACCUUUGGUAUUUCCGGGCGUUGUGGAAGGCGAAGUUCGAGGUGGUUAAUAAAGAACUACAUCAGAAAUAUGGCCCGAUCAUUCGAUACGGACCGAACCGGUACAGCUUCGACGAUGUGACUGCUGCAAAGACGAUAUAUUCCCACGGAACCCAGUUCGCUAAGUCCGACUGGUACGAGGCCUGGAGCAAGCCCGGUGUCUGGAACUUGUUCGCGGAGCGGGACAUCACGCAACACUCGAAAUACCGCAGGCAAUUCCAGACUGAAUACAGCAUGUCAUCGCUCGUAGAGUACGAACCCUUCGUGGACGAGUGCGCGGCUGUCUUCGACCAGCGGCUGCAGGAGCUGUCGCAGUGUGGUCUGCCAGUGAACAUGGGCCACUGGAUGCAGUGCUAUGCCUUCGACGUGAUCGGUUGCAUCACCUUCUCGAAGCGGCUCGGGUUCCUCGACCAGGGGUUAGAUAUCGGGGGCGUCAUAUCGGCCAUAGAGAAUGCCCUAGUCUACUCGAGCCUCGUCGGCAUCUACCCGUUCCUACAUCCGUACCUCUUCUCAUUCAUCGGUUGGCUCGUCGGGGGCGGCACGGGAUACGUGUUCGCCUAUACGACGCAGUGUAUGGAGGAGCACCAGGCCGCCGCACAGGUCAUGGACGUGGACGAGAAGCCGAUUCCCGGCAGGGCGAGGGACUUCAUUUCUAAGUUCGUCGCCAAGCACCAUAGAGACCCCGAUGUAUUUACCCCAGAGCAUAUCAUGGAGGGCUGCUCGAACAAUAUGAUUGCCGGGUCUGAUACCACGGCCAUCUCGCUCUCCGCCAUCCUGUACUACCUCCUCAAGAACCCCAAUACUUUAGCGAAGCUCCGCGAGGAGGUAAAGGCGGCGCAGCUGGCUGCGGGGACGUCUUCCAAGGAUAUCCCAUUCAAGAUGAGCCAGGCAAUGCCGUAUUUACAGGCCGUCAUCAAGGAGGCGCUUCGUAUGCACCCCGCGACGGGACUUCCGAUAGAGCGGGUUGUGCCGGUUGGCGGUGCGACGAUUGCCGGUCGAUUUUUCCCUCAAGGUUCAGUCGUCGGAGUCAACACUUGGAUCGAGCACCGCAACCCCCGCAUAUUCGGUGAAGACGCGAACGAGUUUAAGCCGGAGAGAUGGCUAUCUGAUGACACCGAGAAGGUUUCCUUCAUGAACAGGCACUGGAUGCCCUUCGGACUAGGCUCUCGAACCUGCAUCGGCAGACACAUUUCCCAUCUCGAGAUCUCGAAGCUUAUCCCUCGGCUGGUUCGCGAUUACGACUUUGAACUCGCUGGGGACCUGGACAAGAAUGAAUGGAAGACUGACAAUUAUUGGUUUGUGAAACCGACCAACUUCUCGGUUCGUAUCAUUGCGCGGAAGGGUUCGUGAUCUACGUGCUUUCACCAGCCUUGUGAGUGGGUUAAAAGCAAUAAGGCGACGAAGAUCUCAUCAGCGUCCAGCCUUAACAUUCAAGUAUAUUAGUUGGUGGGGUUGGAGUAUUGGAAGAAUGGUACAUAGCCGAUAUCCGAAUUACUGUAACAAAUAAACGCCAUGAUUCUGCUUUUUGGACAUUUCCAAUGAAGAGGCUGUGAGACA